AUGUCUACCUUUGACGAAACACAAUUCACUGACAAUGCCAUUCAGAUCAUAACCAAGGCCACCCAAUUGGCACGGGAGGGCUCCCAUUCCCAGGUGAUGCCUCUCCAUUUUUUGGCCGCAAUGAUUCCAUCUGACGACGUCAAUUCUACCCAAUAUCUUAAGACUUUAAUUCAAAAGGGCCGUUACGAGUGGCCGGACUUUGAGCGCAUAGUCAACCGCCAUUUGGUUCGCUUGCCCUCGCAAACACCCGCUCCUCAAGACGUCUCCUUUGGUUACGCUGCUGGACAGGUGAUAACCAACGCCAACAAGAUCAAGGCGCAACAGAAGGACAACUACGUGGCCCAGGACCACAUUUUGUUGGCCUUGUUACAGGACAACUCCAUCAAGGAGAUCUUCAAGGAGGCACAGAUCAAUGUGGAAACCAUCAAGACACAAGCCAUUGAGUUGAGAGGCAGCCAGAGAAUCGACUCUCGCACUGCUGAUCUGUCGUCCACAUACGAAUUCUUGGACAAAUACUGUGAAGACUUGACCGAGAAGGCCCGUGAAGGUAAAAUCGACCCUGUCAUUGGUCGUGAGGAAGAGAUCCGCCGGGUCAUCAGAGUGCUUGCCCGUAGAACAAAAUCCAACUCGGUGCUCAUCGGUGAGCCCGGUGUUGGUAAGACCUCGAUUGUGGAAGGUGUCGCACAACGUAUCGUUGACCACGACGUGCCCAACAUUUUGGUCAAUGCUCGUCUCUAUGCAUUGGACUUGGGUGCCUUGACUGCUGGUGCCAAGUACAAAGGUGAGUUCGAGGAGAGAAUCAAGGGUGUUUUGAACGAUAUCGAGAAAUCCAGCGAUAUGGUUAUUCUCUUCAUUGAUGAAAUUCACAUGCUCAUGGGUGACGGAAAGUCCGAUGCCGCCAACUUGUUGAAACCAAUGUUGGCUCGUGGUGCUUUGCACUGUAUCGGUGCCACCACUUUUGCCGAGUACAGAAAAUUCAUUUCUAAGGAUGGUGCAUUCGAAAGAAGAUUCCAGAAGAUUGAUGUUCCUGCCACUACCAUUCCUGAGACCGUAGCCGUAUUGAGAGGUUUGCAACAAAAGUACGAAAUCCACCACGGUGUGCGUAUUUUGGACUCCGCAUUGGUGGCUGCUGCUCAAUUGGCUCUGCGUUACCUCACAUACAGAAGUUUGCCAGACUCCGCCGUUGAUUUGAUCGACGAGUCUGCUGCUACUGUUGCUGUUCAAAGAGACUCUAAGCCUGAAGAAUUGGAUAGCUUGGAGAGACAAAUGAACCUUGUUGAAGUUGAGAUCGCUGCUUUGGAGAGAGACAAAGACGCUGAUGCUGACUCUCUUGACAGACUCGAGCAAGCAAAGCGCAGAAAGGCUGAGAUCGAGGAAAGAUUGAUCCCAUUGCGUGAACGCUUCCAACAGGAACGUUCUGGUCACGAUGAAUUAACUGCCCUCAAACGUAAGUUGGACGAAUUGGAAAUCAAAGCUCAUGACGCCGAGCGUCGUCGUGAUGCAGACCUUGCAGCAGACUUGCGUUACUUCGCCAUUCCAAAUGUCGAGAAGGAAAUCGAAGCUUUGGAAGUGAAGGUGGCUGAGGAAGAUGCAGCCAACUCCAACACUAUGUUGAACAAUGUUGUUAGCGCUGAUGCCGUUGCUGAAACUGCCGCAAGAUUGACCGGUAUUCCAGUUACUAAAUUGACUCAAGCUGAGAACAGCAAGUUGAUUAACAUGGAGAAAGUCAUUUCUCUGGAAGUUGUCGGCCAGACUGAGGCUGUGAAGGCUGUUGCCAACGCCGUGAGAUUGACACGUUCCGGCUUGGCCAACCCUAACCAACCAGCCUCGUUCAUGUUUUUGGGAUUGUCUGGUUCUGGUAAAACAGAGCUUGCCAAGAAAGUUGCUGGCUUCCUUUUCGCUGAUGAAAAGGCUAUGAUCAGAAUUGACUGUUCUGAGCUUGGCGACAAGUGGUCAGCUUCAAAGCUUCUCGGUGCUGCACCAGGUUAUGUUGGUUACGAAGAAGGUGGUAUUCUUACCGAAGCUGUCUUGAGAAAGCCAUACUCAGUCAUCUUGUUCGACGAAGUCGAAAAAGCUGCACCAGAAGUCUUGACUGUCUUGUUGCAAAUCUUAGAUGAUGGCCGUGUCACUUCCUCCCAAGGUAAGGUCGUCAACUGCUCCAAUGCCAUCAUUAUCAUGACCUCUAACUUGGGUGCUGAAUACAUCAAUGCCUCUAAGGGCUCCAAGAUCACUCCUGAAACCAAGGAGUUGGUUAUGGAGGCUGUGAGACAUCAUUUCCGCCCUGAGUUCCUCAACCGUAUCUCAUCAACGGUGGUCUUCAACCGUUUGUCCAAGAAGGCCAUCGCCAAGAUUGUCAAAAUCAGAAUCAAGGAAAUUCAAGACCGUUUCCUUGCAAACGGAAAGCAAGUUCAACUCGAGGUUGACGACGCUGCCUUGGAAUACUUGUGUGACAAUGGUUAUUCACCAGACUUGGGUGCUCGUCCAUUGAACAGACUUAUCCAGAGCGAAGUCUUGAACAAAUUGGCCAUUUUGUUAUUGAAGGGCCAGGUCAGAGACAAAGAAACAGCUCGUGUCACUUGCACAAGUUCUGGUUUGACGGUGUUAGCAAACCACGAUGCUGAAGAUAUCGAUAUGGAGGACUACGACUUCGCCGAAAGCGAUGAUGGUUUGAUUGACGAAGACCUUGAUUGA